AUGGCAUUCGCUAGCGUGUUCGCUCCAAAUUCACCUGAAGAAAUUGCUUGCAGACUUUCAGCGCCCACAGGUUUAGAGCCUCAAUAUCAAACUGCAGCAUCUACACAUUCUCCAAGCAGAACAGACAAUUCAAAUUCAAAUUUGUCCUGCAAUUCGCUCAAUCCAAAGCCACUUUCACUACCAAAAACAAUACCAAACGAGCUCCGUAUUACAAAGAACCACAGCAACGCUGAACUACGCAAAAUACUACUCAGAUUGUCUGAAGAAUACUUCAAUUCAAAGCCAGAAGAAAGAGUUGCUGCAACUUUUAACAAAGAAUAUUGUGAACAACUCAACAAAGUUCUUGCAGACUUUACCAAACUACAAAAAGAAACACCUGACCCAUUCGAAUUAGGCGACACAAUUGUCAACUAUUUUCCAACAAUAACAAAGAUAGUGUUUGACAGAACUAUAUGUCAGCUUAUUGAAAGUCUUCCACCCAAAGCUGCAAAAAAAGUCGAACAGUUUUGUGUCGAAUUCAAAUUAAAGAGUUACGGAUAUCAGAUGACGAAGAAGAACGUGAGUACGGACAAGAAACAGCAAAAUGGCAAUGUCUUAGCUCACUCAACCCCAA